UUCAAACCUGGCAUCCAUUUAAGGCAACCUUGGUUCAAACAUGGCUGCCUGCAGGAUUAUGUUUUCGGGGUUACAUUUUAUUCAAUCCAAGCUGUAUGUACCCAAACAGGCUGCGUGCAGCGGCUGGGGUUGUCUGGAGCAAGUCAGGGGGUACUAUGUAAACUGGAAGAUGCUCCGAGACGUCAAGAGGAGACAGAUGGCUUUCGACUUUGCCGACGAGAGGCUUCGUAUUAACGCACUGAGGAAGAACACAAUCCUGCCCAAAGAACUUCAGGAAGUUGCAGAUAAGGACAUCGCAGCAUUGCCUCGUGACAGCUGCCCAGUCAGGAUCCGUAAUAGGUGUGUGAUGACAUCACGGCCACGAGGAGUAAAGCGCAGGUGGCGUCUCAGUCGCAUCGUCUUCCGUCACCUGGCUGAUCACAAUCAGAUGUCAGGGAUCCAGCGCUCCAUGUGGUGAUGAGAUGGACCUACCUACACACUUUAGUAUGUGUUACGCUGACUAAUAUGAUUUGCUGUAUUGACUGCUUGGUUACAGUUUCAAGUUCUAUCUCCCUGUCAUUUUGUGUGGAUCUAUCGCCAGAUUGUCACACCUCACAUUGGUACAAUGACGUGCUUUUGUUGAGCCAACAUGGACAUUUUUCAAGAUGGGCUGGUAUGGCUGGAACCUUUUCCUUCGGCUCUUUCCCUCUGAAUGAUGUUAAGUAUGUUAAUGACUGCAACUGACUGCUUUAUAAGAAAGUGUAAAUUAUGCAAGGAUAGACUGUAUAAUAAAUUGUUCAAUAUUG